AUGCCUUCAGCCUUCAUUCUUUGGGGCAUGGGCGGCAUUGGCAAGACACAACUCGCUUUCCACUACGCUCAAGAACAGUCCGGCUAUUAUGGUUCUCAGCUGUGGAUCGACGGCACAACAGAACGGACUCUUUCCAGUGGUUACAAAGAGAUCGCGACGGAACGCUCUUCAGCCGAUUGGGCAGGCGAAGGACAAUGCACAAUCGUUACUGAAACAGUUUCCGGUCAAUGGACGUGGAUACCGCAAGAUUCAGCACCGUCAGAGGGAGCAAAUGGUCACGACUGGAACGGCCACACGUCGGUCAAUGCAACACUCACCGACAAACCACCCUCUUUACCACAUACUCAUGGUAGUCCGAAAGCUGCACAGACCGAAGGCCUAACAGGACAAGACUGGCCACAUCCAUCUGGUCUCGCAACUGGAACGUCGGUAACAGCUGCUUCAGAUACCACCGAUAUCGAAACAGAGUCACCUUUUGCAUGGGAAGAUUGGUCGACACCAGCUGACCCAGCGUCUACAAGUGCCGAGACCUGGGAUGACUGGUUCUCCCCCAGUGAUGCAGCUUAUACAAGGACGGAAACAUGGGGCGACUGGAGCACCAGUGUCGAAAGCUUAGGAUCAAGAACCAAACCUGCCAUGCCUCUUCAUUCGACUACACACAGCAGCAGCCUUAACCAUUUUUUGACCACCCGAACGCGCACAAAUUCCGGCGCACGUUCUUCCCAUACAGGCUCGGAGAGUUGGACAAGUACUUGGACGACCACGGUCACUGUAGAGAUAUCCACUCCCACACCUUCGACAAGAAGUACGCCGUCGCAGCCCUCGAACAGCUAUUCCCACUCAGGACACUCAACGUCUAAUAGCCCCGCGCCAUCUUAUGUGCACACGAGGACGUACUCGACGUCGACAAGUUCUAGGCCGAGAAGCUCCAGUUUUUCAACCAGUUCCACAACCUCGAGCUCGCCGACUUCUUCGACUCCCCGCUCUACGUCUCCCAGCAGCUCUAGCAGCUCCAGCUCUACGACCAGCGUCAGCACCACGUCUAGCUCCACCACUCCAAGCAGUUCCACGACCACGACCACUUCUUCGACAACCACCACCACUACACCUACGAUUACCACGACGACUCCUAGCUCAACGACCACAACGUCUACGACCCCAACCACAAGUAGCACUCUAUCGACCACGACAUUCACUACUACCUCAACUACUACCUCCUCAACUCUAUCAACAACAACUACCACAACAACCACCCCAGAAAUCUUCCCUAUCCGACCAACUGGCCCUUGUGGUCCCUAUGUCGGCGGGAUAUGCUGCGACGAACCCCCUUGCCCUGACUGCGUCUCCGAUGGCGACCUAUGUGUCCUGGAUUCCGAAUGCUGCAAUGUCGGGUCGACCUGUGAAAAUGGCAAUGCAGAUGGCUACGGCACAUGUCUCCCACCUACUCCCACACCCCCGCAGACGACUGGUGCUUGUCCCACGGGUGUCCAAGCGGGCCCAACGACCGCAGCAGGAUCUCGGGGCUGCACCUACGACGUCCUCUGUGGCAGGUCCAUCACAGCGCUGGCGGCCUAUGCCGACACCGUAUCCACCGACUUUGACGCCUGCCUGACAUUCUGCGACGACAAUGCUUGCUACGCACUGGAAUAUCACGAAGACACUGGCGUAUGCAUCCUAUAUGACAGCAGCUCUCAGGCGACGGCUACAAAGGCGAGUGGCACCGACGAGGCGGCCACGCUUGUCUCGUGUGGGCCGGCAGAAACCAGUUGAAACCUCAACUUUACUCACCACUUCACGCCAUCAGCCAGCUGCGAUGUGACUGCGCCAAAGACCUCUUGAAUGCCCUCGUUUGAGCAGCGGCGAAUACACCCAUAGACUUCUUUCAACACUGCUCCCAUGAAACGAUUACAUAACAAGCAACACAGCUUCUGACUGCCUGGCUCUGACACCUGGAGGGAUACCCCUCCGCCUCCUGGGAUAGUGUGAUAUCUUUGUUCUUAGCUUUUCGUUCGAAAGUGAAAGUCGUCAG